GUGUCCCAGCAAGAUACUAAUAACUACACUCACACCAGGAAGUGUCGCGACUACUCAAUCUGGAAAUAAGAUCAAUUUUAAAUACUAGUAAUUAGAUUAAAUAGGAAUUACUAUAAACAUCAAAUUAUACUGAUAAAAUGACAAGCAGUGUUGUAUUUGUAGAGGAACCAUCCUCGCACCUGUUGUGCCCAGUUUGUAAGAAUUUGUUUUUGGAGCCGAUGAUUAGUGUGGAAUGUGGUCAUACGUUUUGCAAAGCUUGCCUUCAGAUUAAAGACAACGGGGAAGGAAUCGCAAGUCUCGGGGAGUGUCCCGUGGACUCGAAACCGCUGAAAGGAACCCGCUCAGUGCCAAAUAGAUCCAUUGAAUCCCAAAUUGAUGAACUCCAGAUCUUCUGCAAAUGUGGCAUAAAGAGAUUGAAUUCCAGGAAUGAUGUGAUAGAAGACGAGACAGGAUGCCCUGAAAUCAUUCCCCUAGCAUCUCAGACCAGCCAUGAAGAGGAAUGUGUCUUUGUCAAAGUGGUCUGUCCAAACAGCGCUCUCUGUGGAAAGAUUCCUAGAAAGGAGCUCCAGGCUCACCUCCAAGAGUGUUCAAACUUUGCUUGUGAUUUCCAAGAAAGAGGAUGUACAUUCAAAGGAACUAAAGAGGCAGUUCAAGAUCAUAUUAAGUCAUGCACCUGUCGGUUGACAAGCGAAAGCAUUCCAUCUAUGGUUUUAGAGUUACAAAAGGAGAACAUUGAACUGAAGACACAAGUAGAGGCUUUAAACCAUAAGCUUGCAGUCGUAGAACAGUCGCACGAGAGCCUCUUGACCCAUAUAAAGAAACUUGAAAUUCAGAUGCAAUCAGUAAAUGAGAAGCUGAAUGAUAGCAAUGGUUUGAAAUCCUCUCAACCAUCUGGGUAUGAUAGUUUCCCUCCAUCCAGGACUCCAUCUCAGAAAACAUUAAGAGUUAGUAGGAGUGGCAGUACUGGAAGCAUAUCAAGUCUUCGAAACUCUAUGGAAUUUAUAUUCCCCCCUAGUGCUCGGUCAGACUCUUGGCAGAUUCCAUUUGAGUUCAAAUGUAUCGGAACUCUGAUGGGCCAUAGUAGUGCUAUAAACUGCAUUGCAAUCCAUGGUCAUAAGGUGUACAGCAGUGGAGGUGACUUUCACAUUAAGGUGUGGAAUAUUGAAAAGCUUAGCAAAGGAUGCAUCCAAACAAUGCAGGGACAUACAGACACAGUACAAGCAUUGGUAGCUUCCUCUGACUUCCUCUAUAGUGCUGGAGAUGAUAGAUCUAUUCGGAUGUGGAGAUACGACACGGCAGGCACAGAAUACAAAUGUCGAAGUGAUGCUCAUGCCAAGUCUAUUAGUGCUAUGAUAAAGGUUGGAGUUCAUAUCUUUACAUCUUCACAUUCAUUUAUCAAGGUAUGGACAUCUGAGUCUUUGGAUCUAAUCCAUACUAUCUCAGGACUACAUCAUUGGGUUAGAGCACUGGCUGUCGAUUCUAAAAUGGAGAGACUGUAUAGUGGGUCACACAAUUCUUUGAGUGUCUGGGACACCAAACCACCAUUUGCUUUGAAGAGAAAGUUAGAUCAUACCUAUGGAUCCAUAUACUCCAUAGCAAUCACACAUCAGUACAUCCUCCUUGGUACUUACAACCAAAAUGUUAAGGUUAUUGAAGUUGGUACAUUCACUCUCAAGUCAUCAUUGAGUGGUCAUAUAGGGACCAUUAGUGCCAUACAGUCCAGCCCAGAUGGCCGAUUUGCUAUAACAAGCUGCUAUGAUGGAAAGACAAGGAUCUUCAAUUUGGAGAAUUUCCUGAGUUUACAGGUUCUGUCCCGUCAUCAGGGUAGUAUCAAUGCUAUUGCUCUACGUAAUGGUCUACUCUUUACAGGAUCGGAAGACAAAGAUAUUAAGAUUUUCAAGUACUUCAAAGCAGUCACAUACAGUAGCUAUGGCAUUCAUAUUACACCUGGGAAAGAUACAUGAUCAAGUACAACUAUGUCAUUCACUUGUGGGAACGAAUUCAUAGGAUGAAAUGACCAGAUCAGAUGCAUAAAAAGGCUUAAACUCUUUUCUUGCGUUUAGAAAGCAAUUGCUAGCGGUUUGAACAAUAGCGACAUCAUGCUGGUUCAAACACAACUCACAGAACAAAGGUGGUACUCGUAUCCAAAGGGUUUCCUGACAUGCCAGUGCAAAAGUAUACAGUUUCUCUCAUGUAACAUUUUUUCCCCCUUAGAUAUGGUGUCAAGCUAUUCUAUAAUUUUAUUUUUAAAUAUUUUAUAAUUGAAGUGGUACUCCAGGCUGAAAAUAAAUGUAUAUGAAAAGUAGACUAAAAUUGAAUUGCCAUCAUAACUUUAAGUGUAUGGGUCUCGUUCAUGAAAUGUGGACAUAAGGGUAUUCAAGUCUCACUGAUUGUCUUCCACGAUUCUUAGGUCACAUGAUCAAGGUUAAAGAUCAUUUAUGGUCAAUAAACCUUAUAUUAUUAUACGAAUGGUGUGUUUUUGGGGGAAUGAUUAUUCAAUAGUUAUUUUCAAAGUCAGCACUGCUGCUAUAUUGAAUCAUGUAAUGCAGGCGAGACUGCCAGAUGCAUUCCACUUGUUUCUUCUUCUGUUCAAACCAUAUUGUUUUCAGCUUGGAGUUCCCUUUUUAUAAAUUUGUAUAGUUGGCAUUCAGUUUGCACGUAGAGAAAAAAAAAAACAUGUAGGCCUUGACCUACACCUUGGGGUUCUCUCUCACUGGUUCCAUGACAUUUGCUCUGGUGACAAUUGCUCUGCUGUGAAUUCCACACAUUAAUGGAAUGACCCAACUUCAACCUUGGAUUUAACACUACCCUAUCCUAAACCUAACCCUAUAUCUUAGACAGAAUAAAGCCUGGAGCAAUUGUCGCCGGAGCAAAUGCCGUGACACCCUCUCACAUGCAUAAACACAAUUAUAAUGAGUAAUCGUCUUGAUCAAGCAAACACUCAAGCUGCUGUGACGGAGCUUGAAGAAACCCAAGCAAAUGUUUAAAUGUAGAAGUAAAAUGUUUGCUAAAUGUUCGCAGGCGAUUACUAAUUUUAUGCGUACAGAAUCAAUCAAAUGCCAAGCAAAACAAAUUAAUACUUUUAAAGCAUCUGACCCAAUGACACGGUUCCUACUUUUCAUUCCAGAUUUCACUUUGUGGAUAUGUAAACAUGAUAUGCUAUUCUCCAAGAGCACAUCGCAUGAUUUAUCUUUUAAUGUCAAGAGGAUAGUUGAUUAAUUAACCCCUUAUUUGUUUUGGCUUUGAAGCCCUUAGUGCAAUGAAGGAAAGUUAUAAGGUAUUUAUUCAGAUUCAUUUGUGUUCCAAAUUUAAUGGCCAGAAUGCGCAGAGGUGCUAUUAUAUCUGUGGUUUGGUUUAUGGAGAUUUCUUGCAUUGAUUAUGCUUAAUUCAGCAUGGAUAUAGAGAGAACAUAAAAAAACCGAGGGAAUGCAUGCUUUUAUAACAGCAUGCAAAAUUGACUCUUAAGAUUGAUUAGAAAAGAUUUCAUUAUAAUUUGACUUUGCAGCCAAGAGGCUGAAUCGUCCACAAUUUACAGGCGUACAAAAGAUAUUCAUAAUGUACAAAACUGAUUGAAAACAUCAAACUUGAAAUAGUAACAUAACUAUACAGCAACUCAAUAUAGAGUGUGAUAUUGUGUAUCAAAAGGAAAAGAUGAAGUAAAAUGUGGUGGUGGUGAAAGAAUGCAUUUUUGAUGAGUAA